GAGGAGUAGCUGUAGUCCCUCCCCGGGCCGCUAAGGGCUGAGAGGGGAGCCGGUGCGCUAAAUGCUGCUGCUUCAGAGGGACGAUGGUGGAGGGCUGCUAAACAUGGCGGCGCUCUCCGAGGAUGGGAGGUACGGAUUAAAUUGUGGACAACACGGCGCAGACAAAGUUACCGUUCUGCACGUCAAAUUGACCGAGACAGCACUGAGAGCGAUUGAGACUUACCAAAAAUGCACGAAUGUAUCUCAUUUGCAGCCAACAAUACAAUUCAAGGGGCUCCAAGGGUCCAUUAAAAUACCCAGGUCAGGUUCUUCCUCCGAUGCAUCCCACAAUUUUGAUUUCUACCUGUCUAAUGUUGGCAAAGACAACCCUCAGGGAAGCUUUGAUUGCAUCCGUCAAUAUAUUUCUAGCUCAGGGGUCUCUCACCUGGCAUCGUUGGCAACGGUACAUAACAAGGUCACAAUAUGCGCUACAAAUGACUCCUACAAGGUGACUCGAGAGCGCAUGACCCAGGCUGUGGAGGACACACGUGAACGUGGGACCAAAGUCAUCAAACCUGGGGGCCAGUACAGAGGAAAGCAAAUACAUUCUCGUAAACCAGCGCUGUCUACACCCGAAGUCGUCCCAGAGCGCAAGCGAUCAACACCAAUCAACCCAGCCAAUACUAUCCGCAAGUGCCUUUCCAACAACCCUGUAUCCCAGCGGCCAUUUCGGGACCGUAUCGUUCACCUGUUGGCACUAAAGUCCUACAAGAAGCUGGAAAUGCUUGCCCGUUUGCAGAGAGAUGGAAUCAACCAAAAGGAUCGUAACUCCCUGGGAACCACUCUGCAACAGGUGGCAACUCUUAACCCUAAAGACAAUACAUAUUCAUUGAGAGACUUUGUUUUCCGUGACGUCCAGAAAGACUGGCCCGGCUACUCUGAGGAAGAGAAGACACAGGUGGAGCGUGUUCUGACUCGCAAACUAGGUCUUCCUACUGAGGCACUUUCUUCAAACAGCUCUCCCAAAGACAGUUUGCUUUCAUCCCCUCAGAAGCGACAGCCAGAUUUCGAAUUUAUAGACCCUUUAGCACCAAAGAAAGCCCGCAUCUCCCAUCUCAGCAAUCGUGGGCCAGCCACGUCCUUAUCAUCCUCAGAGCGCCGCGAGGAUGACAGGAGCCCUGGUGCUAAAUCCUCUUCUCUGCCCUCCAAUGCCGUCUUGGGCCCUCCCAGCCAUCUCCCAAUUCCCUCUCACCCUCCAGCACCCUCUCACCAGCAGCCAAGCCCAGUCUCCAGCUCUAACUCACCCAGCACCCCGGAGGGCUGCGGCACCCAAGACCUGCCUAUGGACCAGAGUUCUGCCUGCAGGGACACUUCUCCAAAUUCCUUGUCAUCGGAUAGAAUCUUGCAGCAGGAUUACCAGCCUCCAGUUUUGGUGGCCACACCGGCAACUUCACCGAGCCCUCCACCCUGUGCCUCGCUCACUGUUACCUCCACUGUGAUCAGCAGCCCUCCGUUAUCCACCACUAAUAACAAGAAGUUUAAGAAGAAAGCCAAAAAGCACAAAGACAAGGAUCACCAACGAGACAAAGGGAAACGGAAAGAAAAGGGCAGCAACAAUUCUCCAAGCCUCGUUGAGCAGGUCAAGGAGUGUCAGAAAUCUAAGAGGCAGCAGAAUAUCGAAGACGAAAGCGAAGUUACCAUCAAGAAUCAAGACUACCAAGAAAAAGAGAAGAAUCCCAGCCAAUCUACUGUAUUCUCAUCCACUAUCGAGGCUCCUGACUAUGAAACGAAGUACAAGGCACUGGUAUCCAUGGACCAGAGACAGAUUUACAAGGACGACUUUAAUGCUGAGUACGAUGAGUACCGUCUGCUUCAUGCUCGCGUGGAGAACAUCACGCGUCGCUUCACACAACUGGAUUCCAAGUGCCGCAGACUGGCACCAGGCACCAAAGAGUAUCAGAAGGUGCAAGAACAAGUCGUGAAAGAGUACAAAAAGAUGAAACAGCACAGCCCCAACUACCACAGGGACAAACAGCGCUGUGAGUACCUGCACAACAAGCUGGCGCACAUCAAGCGGCUCAUAGCAGAUUUUGACCAGCGCCGAGCCCAAACCUGGUGAUGAGAGAGCUCUCACCACGUCAAGUGAUCAGUAUUGCAAACGGCGUGUCGGGUCCGACCGGCCCUUAUUUAUUAACAGCCGCACACUUGCUGCCUAAUUCCUCCUUUCUUAAUUUGUCCUUAUCCCACUUUCCCUUUUUCAUUCCUUCCUUUUUCCAAGUUUUGAUUCCACAGGCUGUCUUAAGGCCUUAACUUCUGAAUCCCUGCCUUGACUUACCAAACCCCUGGGUUUUGGCUACCCUCUCAAUUUUUUUUUUUUUUUUUUUCCUUUUCUAGCUUUUCAGGGUGCUUCAUAUAGAGCAAAUGGGUUUGGUGGGACUUUUCAUCUCUUAUUUUGAAGGAAUUUAUCUUGCAGGAAUUAAGUAUUUUGAGCUUGAGAUGAGCUAUUAAUUUGUAUUUAAGAAAAAUAAGAUCUAUUUAUUUUUGGGACUUGUAGUGCAAAAGAGUCCACAGAUGAUUAUCUUUUGGUAAACAAUGCAAAAAAAAAAAAAUACCCAAAACAAUUUAUGGGCCUUAUUUGUUUUGACAUUGUAAGCCAUUUUGCACAUAAGAUCCAGAUAGCUCUUUUGGCAAAAAAUGUCUCCUGUCUCUCUACUGUCUUCUCUUGCUGCUGAAGGUCAUGUGAAAUGGGCCGAGCUUGAGAACUAACAGCGAGAAUGUGAGAAUUUAGUGAGCCGAUGUGUCCAUGGAUUGUAAACUGUUCUAAUGGCCAUGUAGGGUGUUGGGAGACAACUUAAGGUAUAGACCUCCUAGGGGGCAGUGUUCCCCCUGCACCAACAGUGUUCAUGUCAAUGGUGCCUUAAGGUGUUUACCAAGAUGUUGGUGAAGGUUCACCCUUUUGGUUCAUAGUCAAUACAAAGAAACUACAUCUGCCUGGCAACAGGCUGUGUGUGUAUGUAGAUGUGUGUGUAUGUGUGUCAGAAGCAGAAAUAGAAGGGAUAUGAAGCCUGGAAGGUGUGUUACAAACGGUACGAGUGUUUGAAUGAUUGUGUGAUAUUAGGAGGGGAAAAAAUGAAAAAUGGAGGGAAAAAAAGAAACUUGAAAACUUAAAAUGAGAAGGAAAAAAAAGCUGCUAUUGUGUUUGACCAGCCAGAGCACUCUGAGUUACCAAUGAUGUGCCUCUUCUUUCUGCGUUGAUGUGGUUCCUCGCCAAGUUCAUCCACCGGAGGAUAAACAUGUUAUAUUCAGGUCAAAUGUGUUUGAUCAUUUUGAGUUCAGUACAAUGUUCAAUGAAUGCAUUCUAUUUCAAAUGAAAAUAUAUUUUUGAGUCUAUGUUAACAAGGGAAACGUUUACAAAACCUGUGUUAGAAUAAUUAAAUACGUUUUUUGGUUCACUUACAUGGAGUAAGAUUUCUGAUUGGGAAUUGGAUUGCUGGAGAGGUUAUUUUGCCACAAAUGUACCUUUGGACCUCACUGCGGAUGAGGGACUUGCAUGGGUCAUGGGCCUUGUGUGCCACCUGAAACUAUGCAGAAGAUAAAGGCUUAUACAUUCUGUAAGUGUUAUACAUCUCACCCAACCACCAAAGAGUUUUGCUUAAUUGAAAAAAAAAAAAAAGACUAUA